AUCACCCGCCCGCCUGCAACACCGACGCUGCUCCGUCCACGGGUUCUUGCAAUUGUUGCACUCGGCCCUAUCAUUGCUGCUGUUGCUUUGCAAAAAGGUAGGUACCAUACCUCUCCCAUCACCCAUCACAGGUUCUGCCCAGCACCAGAGAGACCUGCUUCGUUGGCCUGCGAGUCUACGACGCGCUUCUUCCUCUCAGCCUCUCUUCCUCCUCCCUGCCACAUCCAUACAUAACUGCAGAGAUGCCACCAGCCGCUAAUAAGGACAACAGCUGCAGGUUGCCCGCCCCAGCCAGGAGGGCAAUACCCAGGUGCCUCACCACCUGCACCACCCUCCCGAGGUCCUCUACAAAUCUCGUGACUGCCAUCUGCUGCGGUUCACACGCCCGUCGCAAAGGGAACACCAAGCUCGUCAAAGGCUUCGGCCCGCCCUACCUUCAAGAGAGAGCUGUCGCCCCUCCACUAGUAACGUGCGCGUCACGUCCAUUUAUAUCAUCAGCUCUCGACAUUCUGGCCCAUUCCAUCUCCGCCUUCCAACGUUGCGAAGAGCGCCCUAGCAAGCUCCCGCCUUGACCUAGCAGCUUAGCAGCACUCGUAGCGUCAACGGACGUCAUUAUUUCCCUCUGCGUUGCGACGCGUGGGUUUCCAAGGUUGCUCGCGACGGCUGAGUCAAGUCGAGUGUAGCCCUUUUCUCUUCGCUUUCCAUCCUACUGGCGAAAUUCCACAACGGCCCUUUCCCCACACGGCGCGCCUCCCAUUCGACCUCGCCCUCUCUAUCCGCACCUGGCUUCCGG